AGCAUCCUGUGGUUUGCAUUCUGCCUGCAGAGUCACACAUGCAGGCUACUUUCAGCAUCCUCUAGCUUGCUGCUGACCUCACCGCCAUGGAGUUGUAGCCUCUUUGGCAGUUUUUCUUCAUCUUUUUCUACAUUAGGGUUGUCUACCCUGCAUUUUUUUCCACUUUUGGAUGUAGCUUCUCCGAAGCCCCACAAAAACAAACAAUUGAAGGCUCACAGAGUAGCUUUGAAUGAUGGGGAACCAUGGCUCCAACAUAGAUGACAUCCUGGCCGAGGACAUGCACCACUGGUACAACAUGUUCAUGCGGGAGUCGCCGUCGGGCCUCAUUACACUUUUUGAGCUGAAGACCAUUCUCGGCCUGAAAGGGAUGAACGAGAACGCCAACAGCUACGUGGACCAGGUCUUCUUCACCUUUGAUAUGGAUGGGGACGGGUAUAUCGACUUUGUGGAAUACAUUGCUGCUAUCAGUCUGAUGCUAAAAGGAGAAAUCAACCAGAAGCUCAAGUGGUACUUCAAACUUUUUGACCAGGACGGAAACGGAAAGAUUGACAAAGAGGAGCUGGAGACUAUUUUCUCGGCCAUCCAAGACAUUACACGCAACCGAGACACUGACCCCGAAGACAUCGUCACGCUUAUAUUUGAGAGAAUCGACGUAAAAGGAGAAGGGGAGAUGACCCUGGAGGAGUUCAUUGAGGGCGCCAAAGACCACGAGGACAUCAUGGACAUGCUGAGGAACUUGAUGGACUUGACGCCAGUGUUAGUCAUCAUUAUAGAGGGCCGCAAGGCGUGAGAGCUGACCUAAAACCCAAAAUGAACAUUAGGGGGAAAAAAAUGUGCAACGAGCUGCUACAGCCACCCCAAAAAGGCUAACAUGAUGUCAGAAUGUCACAAGUAAGGUUCCCACACUUCUUGUUAAACUGUGCCAUUUUAAAAAUGGACACAAAUGCUGUUGGUUUAGUUGUAAUGGAGUGCUAGGUGAAAAUCAUUACUGUGUUUUGUUUGAGCAGGUCUCUUACCGAGUAAGUUCAUCAAUUAUAGUGCCUGUAUCUUGAUUUAAGUUGGAAAAUAACUUCAAAUCUAGAUGUCAAAAGCUCACAUCCUUGAAAUUUGAAGGCAAAGUUUUUGUAGAAUACAUUUUAAAUGCUGUUUGUCUUUGUAUAAACAUCAAACGAACAAAGGAGUAGUAUUAGGGCCACACUGAAAAAUCUAAAAAUUACGAUUUCUUAAAAUACUUUAUUCAUCACAAUAUUGUGAUUUUAUCGUUGUAAAAUCUUAACAUUUUCUUUUUACAUUGCUGUGCAAUAUGGACAAAAAUAUGAAUGUCCCAAAAAUGAUAUAUAUCCUGAUGUAGUAUUUGUUAAAUAGUAUAUAUAUGUAUAUAUACAUAUACAUAUACAUACAUACACAUGCCGGAUAGUCGAACCUCGGAUUCAGGAGGAACAGUGUGGUUUUCGUCCUGGUCGUGGAACAGCUCUAUACUCUCGGCAGGGUUCUUGAGGGUGCAUGGGAGUUUGCCCAACCAGUCUACAUGUGUUUUUUGGACUUGGAGAAGGCAUUCGACCGUGUCCCUCGGGAAGUCCUGUGGGGAGUGCUCAAAGAGUAUGGGGUAUCGGACUGUCUUAUUGUGGCGGUCCGCUCCCUGUACGAUCAGUGCCAGAGCUCGGUCCGCAUUGCCGGCAGUAAGUCGGACACUUUUCCAGUGAGGGUUGGACUCCGCCAAGGCUGUCCUUUGUCACGGAUUCUGUUCAUAACUUUUAUGGACAGAAUUUCUAGGCGCAGUCAAGGCGUUCAGGGGUUCCGGUUUGGUGACCGCGGGAUUAGGUCUCUGCUUUUUGCAGAUGAUGUGGUCCUGAUGGCUUCAUCUGACCGGGAUCUUCAGCUCUCACUGGAUCGGUUCGCAGCAGAGUUUGAAGCGACCGGAAUGAGAAUCAGCACCUCCAAGUCCGAGUCCAUGGUUCUCGCCCGGAAAAGGGUGGAAUGCCAUCUUCGGGUUGGGGAGGAGACCCUGCCCCAAGUGGAGGAGUUCAAGUACCUAGGAGUCUUGUUCACGAGUGAGGGAAGAGUGGAUCGUGAGAUCGACAGGCGGAUCGGUGCGGCGUCUUCAGUAAUGCGGACGUUGUACCGAUCCGUUGUGGUGAAGAAGGAGCUGAGCCGGAAGGCAAAGCUCUCAAUAUACCGGUCGAUCUACGUUCCCAUCACCUUCAGUAAUGCGGACGUUGUACCGAUCCGCUGUGGUGAGAUGGAGCUGAGCCGGAAGGCAAAGCUCUCAAUUUACCGGUCGAUCUACGUUCCCAUCCUCACCUAUGGUCAUGAGCUUUGGUCAUGACCGAAAGGAUAAGAUCACGGGUACAAGCAGCCGAAAUGAGUUUCCUCCGCCGUGUGGCGGGGCUCUCCCUUGGAGAUAGGGUGAGAAGCUCUGCCAUCCAGAAGGAACUCAAUGUAAAGCCGCGGCUCCUCCACAUCGAGAGGAGCCAGAUGAGGUGGUUCGGGCAUCUGCUCAGGAUGCCACCCGAACGCCUCUCUAGGGAGGUGUUUAGGGCACGUCCAACCGGUAGGAGGCCACGGGGAAGACCAAGGACACGUUGGGAAGACUAUGUCUCCCGGCUGGCCUGGGAUCGCCUCGGGAUCCCCCGGGAAGAGCUAGACGAAGUGGCUGGAGAGAGGGAAGUCUGGGUUUCCCUGCUUAGGCUGUUGCCCCCGCGACCCGACCUCGGAUAAGUGGAAGAAGAUGGAUGGAUGGAUGGAUAUAUAGAUAUAUAUAUAUAUAUCUAUAUAUAUAGAUAUAUAUAUAGAUAUAUAUAUUUCGCUAAUCUCUUAUGUAUAAAAUACAUAUUUUAUAUAUAAAAAAAAUUGACAAUUAAAAAUCAAUGAAAAGUAUUUUUGCUCUUUGUUUGAAAGUGAAUACUCAAGUCAUGUCUAAAUAUGAAUUUAGAGAGAGCAUCUCUAAAGAAUUCUUACUCUUCGUAAAGUUCAAUUAUUUUUUACUAGGAAUAUACCACAACUUUUUUGAUAAUUGUGAUUUUUUUCCUUGCAACAUUUCCUAUUUGUUUUCAUGAAAUCAUAAUAUUGUACUCACAAUUUUCCUUUUUAUUCUCCCUGUAAUACAGCUGUAUUCACAAAUAGACUUUUUCUUCAAAAUUUAGUAAAUUGGUUUUCUAACUUUAUUAAUCAUAACAACUUUUUUUGAUAAAAUUAUUUUCAAAACAUUGUUAUAAUGGCAUUUUUUUUCCCCCAGCAACUUUUUUCCCUAUUGAAAAAAAAUGUGUCUAUCAUGAUUAUGACUUUCUUAAAACUAGAAGGUUUUCCCUCCUCUAAAUAUUUAGAAUGUCUUCUCUUAAGACUUUUACAGGUAAAAUUACAACUUUAUUAAACAGUCUUUUCACAGCAUUCUCAUACAACAAUUUAGUUGUAGAAUUACUACUUUUUUCCAAGCAAAAUUCUGUCGUUAAUUAGGAAAUAACACAAUAAUAUUUCUGUCAUUACAACGUUUUUUCUUUUCGUUGUGGCCCUAGUAUUUAUAUACUCCAGGUGAAAACGUUUAAACGCUAAACAUACUAGCCUAGUUUAGUCAAAGAACAGGUUAGUUGAAAUGUUUGACAAAAAGCUAUAAUUGAUUGUGUUUCUGCGCUAAAAUGUAAUCUUACCAAAAAAGUUGACUUUAAACUUUAAUUCAGAAAAUAUUGCUUGUGCCUAACACUAGAAGCUCUCUUAUUUCUGGCUACAUACUUUAUUUCUCCUGUGUUCAAUGGAAGAAUCGUUAAUUUUUCUGAACUAUACCUUUGAUGUCAGGUACAUUUACUAACUCAGCCCACUGUAUGUAAAGUUGUAUUUUCCCUCAUUCUUGUGAAAAUCCUGUGUGUGACCGAUGCAUUAAAAAGUAGGCCUAUCCAGGACUAGCUGCAGUAUGCUGGAACUACCACCAGUUAGCAUCUGUGAGUAGCUAAUACUGUAUCAUCUUUUUCUUUUUUGAACUUAUCGGGUCAGUAAUGCAUUUUCCACACAUUUUUCACUCACACUUUACGUGAAGGAUGAGGCAAAAACUAACCAAGACCCAUUGUAUGAGAGCAGUGUGUUCUGGGAGUUUCUUCUGGGCCAGCCGGCGUUUAUGGUGAUCCUCUGAAAAGUGUAAAAGCUUCAGCUGGCUUGUCUGUAAGGGAGAAAGAGUUUAAGUCCCACUGUAAAUGUCAAAAUUGCGUCCUUUGGUCCAAUUUGAUUGAUUUUUGCCAUUUUCUUGUCAUUAGUUUGAUAUUGUCCAUCUAAACGUAAAGCAAGCACGCACAUGCUUUACAUGGAAACAAUGUUUUACUUUGUUUUCUUUUUGGUGACUGGUCUUUUAUGAGGAUACCGAAUUAACCAAGUGGCUCUACUUUUAUAUGCUGAUGUUUAUGAUAAGACCACGGGGUGAAAAUGUACAAUACACAUGAACUGACUUGCGCUUCAACAAAGAAAUGAGGCCACUUUAUCCACCCUAGAUUGCACAACACCUGCACUACUUGUUAGCAUCAUCGCUAAACUGGUUAAAAUGUGCUAGUCCCCUUUCAACUUGUUAGCUUCCUUGCUAACCUACUAAUUUCAAAGAAACCUUGCUUUACUUGGGGUAAAAUGGUUAACACAACUGAAAACCAAAAGCUAAACUGAUCACAUUCUUUGCUAACCUACGGAACGGUGAACUUGUUAGCAUCAGUGUUAAACUGGUUACAACGGGCUAGCUACACUCUUAACAAAAGUUGUUAGCGUCCUUGCUAACCUACUAACUAUUCGGUUGAUUUGCUUGAAACAGUGCUAUACACGUAACAAAUAGCUUAACUGGUUAAAAAACGAUAACUAAUGGUUGAGUUUGAGUUUAUUUCAAACAUGCAUGCAUACAACAUGAUACAUCACAAUUUCCAGUUUCUCUAUUCAACAUGUUUGAAAAGGAGUAGGAAGAAGCAGAGCUUAUGUAUUCCUACCCCUUUUCUUUUACAUAGCAGUUAAACUGUCUAAGUUAUUUGCUAACCUGUGGGCCGCUGAUUUUUUUAGCGUCAGUAAACUUCUCAGUGAUAAUUGAACUGAUUAGCGUGAGUUCUAACCUGCUUUUAGUCCUUGCUCGUGGCUGAGCAGGUUAGCAUCUGUAGUGCUAUAACAGUUAUUUGUGCAAUACAAUCUCACAGUGGAAGUCUUUCCACCCAAGUUCAUUGUAACAAAUCAAGUUUUGUGUUGCCUUAUAAAUAAAAGUUUUUCAAAAUUGUG